AUGUUUGAAUGUUAUAAAAAAGUUAUUGAUCCAACAAUUGAUAUAACAACAGAAGAAAAUCAAUAUUUUAUGGAUGGAUCAAAUCUUUGCCAAGCUUAUAAUAGAAGUUUAUCAUAUCGUAAAUGUUUAUAUUCAAUAUUUGCUCGUAAUAAAGUUUGUUCAUUUGAUCAACAUCAAUAUUCUUAUGAAUCUUUUAAAAUUUAUUGGAAAUUAAUAAUAAAUUCAUGUGCUGUUGAAAAUGAUAAUGAUGAUUGUUUACCAUCAAAUUUGAAUAAAGAAAUUAUUAAUAAAUGUCAUUAUUCAUCAAAUUAUAAUUUUCCAAUACAAUGCAGAGAAUUUUUACGUUCUGUUAAAUGUAUUGAAAGACAUGAAAAAGAAUUAAUUCCAUCAACAUAUGAAUCGAAAUGUUCAAGAAAUAAAGCUUAUUAUAAUUUAUAUGAAAAUCUUUCGACACAUUUUCAAUCCGCUAUUAAUAUUUGCGAAAUGAAUUUAACAUCUUAA